GUAGAAAUUUAAGAAAGACCCCUGUUGAUCAAAAAUCAAUGUUUCUUUUAAUUAAAGGAGCCUCAAAAAACAAAAGCCACUCUUUGCAGUUGAUUUUCAUUAGACAAUACCAGGUUUCCAUUAGCUUUGUGUAAUUCAAGAGUCCAAUAACCAUUGUCAAAUGCUGAAGAUGUUACUGCAUAACUCUGAUUUAGAACAGCUAUUUGGAUCUCAAUUAUUAAUGAAAUUAGCAUCCUGAAUGUCAGCAAGAGCACUGCCUUAGGUAAGGGCUGUAAAGAAAAUCAUAUUAGCGUGGAAUUUCCUCUCCUUAGGGGCUCCUCUUAGAUUACAUUAUUCACUUAGCCGUCUCCUGCCAGGGAGAUGGAACUGUUGGCCAUGGCUGAUCCAGGGGGCAGAACCAAACGGCAAAGUUAAGGGGUUUCAUGACAGCAUCAUUUCCAAAACACUCAUUGCUUGGUGCUGAGACAGCGUUUGGUUUCAUUGAGUGUUUGCAAAACAGCUCCAGUAAGGAACUGGCAGAACAGGAGGGGCAGAGCGAAGAGGAACCUGGACGAGAAGCAUUGAGUGGCCUUCCAUCCAGGUGGCACGCUUGUGAUUCUCCUCCUUGGGAACGCUUGCAGGGAUGUGGGUGACUGAAAUGGCUGCUCUGUGGCCCUGCAUCCUGGCAGCUGCCUCAGGAAUUCUGGCUAUGGAUACUCCUCAUGCCAGGAAUUCUGCUCUCUAUCAUCUCACCAAGCAGCUCUUACAGAAAUAUCAAAAGGAAGUGAGACCUGUUCAUGACUGGACCGAGGCCACCACCAUCUAUCUGGACCUGUCUGUUCACGCCAUUUUGGAUGUGGACGCACAAAAUCAAAAGUUAAAAACAAGUGUGUGGUACCGUGAGGUUUGGGAUGAUGAGUUUUUAUCCUGGAACUCCAGCCUGUUUGAUGAGAUCAGCGAGAUCUCCCUGCCUCGAAGUGCCAUCUGGGUCCCUGAUAUCAUCAUUAAUGAAUUUGUGGACACUGAACGAUCCCCUGACCUUCCCUAUGUGUAUGUGAACUCAUCUGGGACAAUUAAGAACUCCAAGCCCAUCCAGGUGGUCUCUGCGUGCGGUUUAGAGACAUAUGCCUUCCCGUUUGACGUCCAAAACUGCAGCCUGACCUUCAAUAGCAUCCUGCACACAGUGGAAGAUGUAGACCUGGCCUUCCUGAGGAGCAGGGAAGACAUCAACCGCGACAACAUGGUUUUUCUGAAUGACAGCGAGUGGGAACUGCUUUCUGUGUCAUCUGUGUACAGCAUCCAGCAGAGCAGCAUCGGAGAUUUUGCACAGAUUCAGUUCAAUGUGGUGAUUCGCAGGCGUCCAUUGGUCUAUGUUGUGAGCCUGCUAAUUCCAAGUAUCUUCUUAAUGCUUGUGGAUCUGGGGAGCUUCUAUCUGCCACCCAACUGCCGCACGAGGAUCGUGUUCAAGACCAGUGUGCUGGUGGGCUAUACUGUCUUCAGGGUCAACAUGUCAAAUGAAGUGCCUCGGAGUGCAGGGAGCACCCCUCUGAUUGGGGUCUUCUUCACCGUCUGCAUGGCCUUCUUAGUCCUCAGCUUAUCCAAGUCCAUCCUGCUGGUCAAAUUCCUCCACGAUGAGCAGCACAGUGGGCAGGAACAGUCCCUCUUGUGCCUUCUAGGGGACACCGAGGCUAACAGACCCAGAAUGGAACCCAGAGCCCAGCACGCUGGGCUAACAGGAUCCUCAACUUGGCAAGACCAGCAGGCCCAGGCAGGGACCCUGAAUGAAGUCUGGCUACAGCUCCAGUUCAUCCACAACUCCCUUCGGAGUCAGGACCAGGUGGACCAGCAGGAGGCUGAGUGGCUGGCCCUCCUCUACCGCUUUGACCAGCUGCUCUUCUGGAGCUACUUUGCUGUGCUGGGGCUGUACACCAUCACCCUGGGUUCCCUCUGGGCACUGUGGAGUGGUUUGUGAUGGCUGUAAUGGGCUCGUCUCCUUCACGUGCUAGAAUUGUUCUUGUUGAGGGCACUGAAGGAGAAGGAAUGGUGGAUUUGGAAGUCCUCUCCCCAUUGCUUCUUUUCACUAAGGCUUAGUAUAGCAUCCAGCAGACCUAGGGGCAAUACAUUCAUGAUGAAACUGUCUAAACAGUACAAGCUACACAAGAAAACAUAGCCUUCCUUUAUAUCCCAGUACAUUUCCCCCAAAGUAGUUGUCCUUUGCAAUUCCUUUCAGGAAACUUCCAGGCUUAUAUGUGCAUACAUGUAUGUUUAGACAGCUUCUUUUUUUUUAAGUGUAGGGGGUUGCAUUAUGGCUUAGACCCACUGCCAUGCCUGUGAUGAUGGUAUCCCAUAUGAGCACUGAUUGAGUCACGGCUGCUCCGCUUCUGAUUCAGCUCCCUGCUUAUGGAAAAGCAGAAGACAAGCCAGGUAUUUGGAGACACAGGAUCCUGGCUUCAGUCUGAUCCAGCACCGGCUGUUGUGGAAA